AGCAUCUCAAUGGCUUGUUUCUUCUCAUGAAGUCGUUAGUGAGGAGCCUGCCGCCUUAUAGUAAAACAUUGUGCCGCAUUACGCAACUGCGAUAACGAAAACAAGAGUCAACGCUUUAUCAUCCCACCCCUUACUUUGCUCGUGGGGGUUACCAACCGUUUUUCCAACACCGGACCGCGCGCAACACCCCAACUCUCGCCAAACGCCCGACGAACUCGAUCGAUUCCCGAGCGACCAAGAGUUGGUUUUCUGGAUAUUUGAACUCUGAAAUAAUGGUUCAAUUACUUGCGGCCCCAGCUCUGUCUCCGAGCGGCAAUGCCGUACUCGAGACGAGCAAUGACAGAUCUGAAAAUAUGGUCACGUCGAGGGAGGAGCACGCCCAGAGGGCACGAGAGCUGAUGGUCAAGAGGGGCAUGAUGAGGAUGCCCAGGCGGGGAUUUUCCUUGACCGAUUACCAAGGCCAGCAGAACGAUGGGCCGCAUCACUUCCAUGCUGCGGUGCCUGCGACCGUUGAUCGCAUCCCGGAGCACGCGGCCGUGCCGUCGAUGCCCAUCUCCAAGCACAUGCCACUCCCGCAGCGGCCCAAGCUGCCUCCUCCCCGUCGCUCGUACUCUGUUACCGACAAGGAGCCCGAGCCGGCCAACCAGCCACGACCAUCUUCGCGCCUCACCCUGCUCGAUCUCCCUUCGGAGUUACAUUAUGCCAUCUUUGACUUCCUCGACCCCAUCGACGGCGCGUGCUUUGGCCUGGCGCACUCCAAGCUCUACGACAUCCACCGGCGCAAGAACGGGAUUGUCCCGCUGUCCAGCCGAUAUUCCGGCCCCAACGACAUCGAAUGGGCAUGGCGCGGCGCCGGACCCCUUGUGCACCCUCACUCGAAGCCCGCGGCCAGCGAGAACGAGCUGGAGCGCCUGCGAGUCAAGGGCCAGGUGUACUGUCGCAAGUGCGGCAUCUCCCGUUGCGAACUUCACAGGCACCUCAAGGACUGGUUCGGCAAGGGUUACGAGUACUGCGAGAUCAAGGAGAUGUACGGCCCGCCUGCUGGGCCAAACGCGAGGGGAUACUGCUUCAUGCGGUCCCCUAAGAAGCCUCAUGUGUGCGGGCGUCAUGGGGCGAAGAAGGUAGCGGCAACUUCCCAGUAAAUAAGCAAAGGAUGCUAUUGCUGGAUAUAUUUUUCGAAUUUUACAAAGGCGCUUUUGGACGGAGGCAGGAUGGGGGGUGUAAUUGAUGAUGGCGAUGAAUUUUGAUCUUUUUACUUUUUCUUGCGCAUCAUAUGAGGGAAAUACGGCACGCGAAUACGCUCUAGGGAGGGGAUUUUUUACGGACUUGGUGUUGGGCAUUAAUGAAGGGCAUCGAGACUGAUACACCAGCGAAUUUGACUCGUUUUUUUACGAAACUACAACUAGAAGAGAAGAAGAAGAUGUAACAGCAAUACUCAUCUAAAUAAUAGAGAAUGAAGAAAUCACUUGAUCAU